GAAUCAUAUAUAAAUUUUUAAAAUUAGAUUUCAUUUAAAAGCUUAUUGGAUACAUACAAUGGGUUUUAAAUAUAUUGAGAAAGAUUUUUGUAUUUCCAGCGAUACAAAGGAUCUUUUAAACGAAGAGCUUGAGGAAGCAGAGAGCGGUUCUGAUCCACGAACUCAACUAUUUUUAAGAAAAGAGGGCGUUCAAUAUUUAUCAGAGCUUUUUCCACAUAUAAAACACAUUAAUGAUCUUGAUACGCUUUCACAAAAUCUUAAAGCUGAGGAUGAAUUUGCGUUUUCACAAGUAUUUGAUUCAAAAUUAAUAGAUGCAUGCAUCAUUAGAGGAAUUUUCCCACUGUCAUUAGAUAUAGGCCGUAACAUUUUUCUUUUUGCACCAAAGCUGCACAAACUGCAUUUGAUCUGCGCAACAGUGGAUAAUUACCUGAUGAGAAAUAAUAUUGAAUAUUUUCCACGAUGCAAUGACAAUGAAGGAAUAUUUCAGGUAGAGAAACUUAAUAUUUCGAAAAGGUUUCUCAAACUAACUAACGAUGCUUUGUAUAGUGUCUCCUUUGAUAUUUUUGUGAAUAGAAAAGAAGACCUAGUUGAUGUGUUUUGUUUAAUACAUCAACGAUAUGGAGAGAAUUGGCUUUGCAAAGCGUUGCGUAAAUGUUUUCUUUACAUGCAUCUUCAUAGAGAAAACUUUGAGACUCAAAUAAUAACAAUUGCCGUGCGUAGACAUAAGUACCAAAGUGAUUCGAGACAAUUGUCGUCAUCUAGCUCCGAUGAAGUUAAGGAAGGAGAUUUAGUCGCAGCUGAAAUUGGCUAUAUUGUUGGUGAUAUUUAUACUUCAGCAACGGGUGCUUACUGUGUUAGUGGUGCCGGUAAGUUGCAACUUGCAGUUACUGGUUGUAUUUUACACAAGCUUGGAUGUAAAGUGUGGGAUUUAGGAAUGUCGAUGUUUUACAAAAAUUCAUUGUUAGGGUGUGUGGAAAUUAAAAGAGAGAAUUGGAUUCAAAUGGUAAAACAGCACAGACAAAACAGUGUAUUAGUUACAAGAAAAUCCCAAGAAUUUCUUCUCGAGCUUCAAAAGGGUAAAUGUGUGGGUGCUAUUCUGAAGGAUAGCACUAAACAAUUACAAAAUCAGUAACAAUAAAUUACCAAUGGGGAAGAUAUUUUGAAGCUAAUUUUAUUGUUUUUUUACUGCUAUUAUUUUAUUGCCCAACAUUUGGAUAUAUUCACUACUUCAAAAAA